AUGAAGCACACAGGCAGAUACACCGAAUAUUCAAGACCAGCUGAGAAGGGGCGCCAUGCGAUUGCCUAUCUCGUCCCAUCCUUCCCUGACCCGGCCCUGGUCAUCGACAUGCGGGAUCUACUGACCAGUGGUUUUGUCGCCGCCGUGUCUCUUUACUUUGGCAUUCACUACUCUAGCUACCUCCCAUCGCCGUUCCUCCCAAACCUUCAUGCCGACACACCCCCGUCCCCUGACCAUCCCGCCAAACGCGCAGCCACGCAAAGCCUAGACGAGUUCUUCACCACUCGAUUCUCCAAGGGCGACAUCGACAGUCUGUCGGUCGCCGUCGUGACAUCCAUUGGCUCGCUGUACGAGGGUCACUUCGGUGUGAUGAGGGGGAACGAGUCGGCGACGUCGCCGCCGACAACCCGUCACUUGAUGUACCGCAUCGCAUCGGUCUCGAAGCUGUUCACUGUACUCGAGGGUCUGAUACUGGAACAACGAGGGGUUAUCAGAUGGGGCGACCCAGUGGACAAGUACAUCCAGGAUUUCAGGUAUCGCUUGGACGGCUUAGACCCCAACAAGCCCUCCGUAUCCCGCGAAAGUACUCCAAUGACCAUGUACCAGCUAGCAACACACACAUCUGGCCUCGGCAGGGAUUGGCCACCUGGGACAGUAGCCGAGUGGCCCGAGAGCCUGUUGGGAGGUGGACCUCCACCGACCAACGGUCUUCCCUUCCCUUCGCACGAAGCGCUCUACGCCGCUAUUGCAAAGCACCACAUAACUUCGCCGCCUGCUUCCUAUCCCGCGUACUCGAACACUGGGACGGGCCUCUUGGGUGUAGUCCUCGAGGCGGCGAGCAACGUGGCGGCCGGCGAUUCAUUUGAGAGCAGUUAUGUUGAGCUUCUUCAGCGCGACGUCUUCGGCCCUAUGGGGCUGAAUGGGAGUCAUUUCCUCGCCACCGAAGCCAACAAGCAUUUGAUUGUCGUCCCGUCUCUUGCUCCAGAAGUUGCAGAUCAAGACUUUCUGGACGCCAUGAAUCCAGCCGGCGGCCAAUUUUCCUCUCUAGCCGACAUGGUCACUGUCACGCAGACCUUAUUGAACGCCAACCACCCGCGGAGCCAGCUCUCGCACUACUCGCUCAACAAAUGGCUCCAGCCCGUGCACACGUUCGAAGAGGACGACUGGACCGAGAUCGGGUUCAUCUGGGAGAUCAUCAAGGCGGAGGACUCCAACGGUCGCCUGCGCAAGAUCUACUGGAAACUUGGCGCGAUGGCGGGCUACCACGCUGCCCUCGCCUUCCAUCCCGGCACGGGCUACGGCGUCGUGGUGCUCAUGGGCGGGCACUACCCCGACGCCGCCAAGCUCGCCUUCGAGAUCGUCCAGCCGGCCAUCGACAAGGCGCUCGCCGAUCUCGCCGAGGAGCUGUACACCGGCACUUGGCGCGACUCGGACGUCGACCUUCGCCAGGAGGACGGAGGGAACGCGUCCUCCUCGGCGCGGGCCGUGGUUGAGAGGGGGACGCUGUACGUCGAGGAGUACACGCUCCUCGGUGUGGACGCGCUGAGAAAGCUCGGGGCCUCCGGCCGCCUCGCGCUGCGCUCGAGCAUGCGCCGCGACGAACUCCGGAUCGAUACAGGGAUACCGGGGUACAACGGGAUGAAGCAUACGGGGUGCUACCCGUACUGGAACGGGCAGGACAUCUGGGGUGUCCGGAACAACGCUGCGAUCAACGCGAUCUACUUGAGUGGCGAGGGUGCGGAUAGGAGGUUGCAUGUGCCGUCUCUGGACCUCAUCUUGAAGAAAGCGCUUUCAGCGCAUCAUGUGACAAACACGGUGUCUGGUUGCGUUGAGCUUCGCAUGUCGAACUCAAAUAUGUUCCGCCAUGGCGCAUCGACACUGGUAACACUGGUAAUAGAUGGGCCCACGUAG